AGCCUCAAGCUCUGGCAUGCAGUUUGUCCCGGCUCUGGGAGCUCGGGCGCGUCAAGACGAGGUCGACUGCUUCGCCGGAUGAUUCCACGGCUUGCGAUGUUGCGGCCUGCGGGGCUGGAGGUUGACCAGCGCGAGCCGGUCGAGGGAGGAAGCGCGGACUCGGAUCACGAGGUCGUUUUCUCCGACAGCGUCGACGCCAGCAGCUCUUUCGCCCUGCUGGCAACGACCGCACGCAGUAUUUCCAUACCGCUGCCGGUGGAGCCGUCGCCCGCUGCUCCGGCGGCUGGGCACGCAGCGGCCGCCUCGAGCGCCAGGUACUCGGUGUGCAGAGGAGUGCUGGUGUCUUCUGCGCUGGUGUCGUGCUGCUUGCUGACGCUGGCGGCGAUUCCAGGCACCGCGCCGCCCGACCCGAAGGCCCUUCGUGGAUCGAAGCAGGAGGUCGCCCUGAUGAACUCCGAGGGCGCCUGGAAGGGCGCGGGCGACGCCUGCGCAGCGACGAUGGAGAACGUCGACAUCCCCGGGUACGAUAUAGAGACCAGGGACGAGUGCCAGAGACUGGAGGACUGCUGCUGGAUGUGCAACCAGCGCGACGACUGCAACAGCUGGGUGUUCAUUCAAGAGGCGAACAGGUGUUACCUCAAAGACGCUCCGGAUGGCAUCAUCAGCUCUGGCACGGAGUUCGACGGAUGGGUCGCCGGCAGGCGCUCCCAGGUCGCUGCUGCCCAGGGAGCGCCGGCAGCCGCUCCCCAGGGCACGUCGGCGGCUGCUCCCCAGGAGCAGCGCAAGAGUUUCUUGCAGGUGGUCGGGCACAAGAUCACAAGCUUCUUUCACGGGAGCCCGAGCGACGAGCUGGAGGAAACAUCGACUACUACACCGUCGCCAUCUACUUCGGCUCCCGCGCUGCAGCUCGAGCCGGCGCCGGUCGAGGCGAUGGCGUGCGGCCUGAUCGAGGAAGGGGUGGAGUACCUGGGCAACGACCUGGAGGAGGUGAAUGAGGUGGGGAGCGCCGACGACUGCUGCGUCAGGUGUUCGGAGAGGGCGGACUGCUUCGCCUGGUCGCUGGAAGCCAGCACGUGCAAGCUGAAGGGCAGCUCGCCGAAGCCGGUCUUGACGUCGAUCAAGAGGGACGGCGUGACCUCGGGCAAGCCCGCGCAGG